AUGCUGGUAGCUAUAGCUGGCACCGCGAGCGCAUAUCCAGCUUCCUUUGCACCCGGUAGCAACGCCACCUUUACUAAGACUGUCGUCCCUACCCCUUGCCCGUCUCCCGUGGAACAGGCCAAUAGAUUCGGGUUUACGGGAGAACAAACAGCGACGUUUGCUCACGAUGGGCCUCACGCCACUCUGUCGCCAAACAUCCAUUGGUCUUGUGACACAAAGCCGGCAGCCAAUGUCAUACCAGUUCCCCCCAGCAAGGGUUCCGAGAUGUACUACGGUGUUGCAGAUCCGGCCAAAGCAGGAGCCUAUGCCUUUGUCACAUAUCACUUUACUGCCCCAUCGGUCAACCUAGACCAUUGCGAUCAUGUAGCAGUCGUCUCAUACGACUCGUCAGAUCUGAUCAUCUCGUUCGGCAGCCAUGACGGAUACCAGAACGCUGUGAAUACUUGGAGCACUGAUGAAGGCCUGAUAUUGAUCGUCUUCGUCAAAGGAUGCGGUGAUUACGAGAAAGGCGAUCGUUGCUUCUUCCGCGUGUCUUCACUCACGUUUCGCGGUGGAGAUUCUGUUAUAACGGCCUCCGGAACUCCUAGUCACCCUGACGAUAUUAUCACUUCUGGAGAGACUGAAUGGGGCCAUUGGACCCCUCGAGGACAUCACCCGCAGCCUUCAUCAGCCUCUGGAUCAACAUUCACAUGGGGAUCCGCACCAGCCGCCACCUCCGGCAACACUGCAUCUGGUGCCAUGAAUACCACCGACUUACAGGCACCUCGCAGUUGCGAGGCUCCUGCCGACACCAAGUAUGGCCUUCCAACGGCCUGUCUUGGCGCCUAUUUCGAUGAGAAUCUCGACGAGGACCUAGGGUACACCCAAUUGAGCGCCGAGAGUCUUAAAUUCGUUCAAGAAAUUGCCCCUCAGUUCAACCAAGAAUCUAUCCCAGAGGAGUUCAAGUACGACAUUGACCCAGAGGACUCCUUUUGGAAACAACGCCGAUAUCUCCGUAAGCGAUGGUUUAGGUCCUUCUUCAACAAAAUCGUGCAACCCCUCAAGGCAGUUUACCAAGCCACGCAACAAGCUCUCUCAAUCGGAGGUUCCAUCAACAAAGAGAUCUACUGGCACCUCCCCAACCCCAAGUCCUCUAACCCCGACGACAAAACGCUCAGUGAUCCCAAGACUAAGCAGGUCCAGUCUCCGUGGGGCGACUCCAUUCUUCUAAAAGCGCUAGGCUCUCAGGAGGAUGACCCUGACAAAAAGGUCAACGGAUACAUGAACAUUUUCUGCGUCGGAUGCGGUGCGUUUGGCAACGCCAAAAUCGCUGGCCGAGCCCGCUGGACUCCUAUUGGUGGGUUCCUCGAGGGCGAGGUCGACAUCAGAACGGACAUCAAGUUCGUUCUGAAGAUAGGGAUUGACGCCCAGAUCACGUACAAGCAGGAGUUUUACAACGACCUGAUCAACGUUGCUUUGCCUGGGCUGACUUAUGGUGUUGUUAACAUUGGCCCACGUAUCAGCGUCGGAUCUCGAGUUGAAGUCGAAGCAGCGGCCAAGGGAAAGCUAUUAGCGGGCGCUGAGAUGGGGCUGCAGGACGCUCAUGUGCUCAUUGACUUCGUUAACUCUGCUAACAGCAAGAAGAGUGGCUGGGAGCCCUACUUCAAGCCCGUCUUCGAAGCGGAGGGUGAGCUGAUGCUCUCCACGUCACUUGGUCUGCCUAUCGGUAUCAAGUGUGGUCUCCAGAUCGCAUCUUGGGAUAAGUCGGUAGGCAUCAUUGAUGAGCCGUCAAUCAAGGGUGUUGCUCAAGUUGCAGCUUCGAUCGGUCUCUCUGAGACGGGCGGCUUCUCGGCCGGCUUUAAAGAUACAAAUGGUUGUACCGGUAUCAGCACACAAAUUAGCUGGCGCAACAGACUCUACAUCGACAUCUUGGGUUCAAAGCAGAUACCUUUGUUGGAUACCAACGAUCGUCCCCUGGCCCAGGGAUGUAUCGAAUUACCCCCCAGACCCCCCGGCGUCACCAAGCGUGAUAUUGGAUAUCGACAGACUUCUGAGUCCACUAGCUCGAUUGUUGACACCACAGACAGCUACAAGGGAGGCUCCUCCACCAUUUCUUAUGAGCCCGAGUCCAUUCCGAACAGGGCUUACAACGACACCAACGGAUAUGAGUAUUCUCUACUUAUUGACCCUACCGGUUCUACCAUGAUCAUUUCUUGCAGCAACGGUAACUUGUACGCAGUGGUCACCGACGGACCAGACAAUGACCUCUGCUCGGAGCUGUGGGCUACUCAGGACGACGCCCUCAUCUACGACGGAGCCCAACGACUGAUGCACUACUACGGCAAUACCAUGACGAAGCUCGGUGUUUCUAGGUUGCGUGUCGAACCCGAGCUGGAGGGCCCUACUGAUAGCGUCGUUGUCGCGUGGGCUCCCUACUAUGACGGACCUGGCUCUGAAGAGUACUACUUUGUUGCCAUUGACCCUCUUGACGAGAUUUUCUAUCCUGUGGUUUGCGAUUAUGUCGAAGGGCAAUCGUCAAAGCUUUUCCUGGUUCGUGACCCAGUUGAGGGGAUCGAGACCCUCAAGAGUCCUGACCUCAUGUAUACUGUCACCGGUGGCCGGGUCCGUGACUGCUUUGCCUUGGUGCUGAUGCAGGGUAUUCGCGAUACAGCGAGCUACCUCAGCUUGAGCGAUACCCCCGACAGUCAGUAA